AUGGAUUUUGACAAAGACCAAGCUUCCAAACUACUUCCAGCUCAAAGCCACAUAUUCAAUCAAAUUUUCAGUUUCAUAAACUCCAUGUCCCUUAAAUGUGCAAUUGAUUUGAGCAUACCAGAUGUCAUACACAAGUAUGGCCAACCUAUGCCACUCUCACAACUCAUUGCAUCACUACCAAUUCAUCCCUCCAAAAUUGGCAGCAUUUAUCGCUUGAUGCGAAUUUUGAUCAAUUCGGGUUUCUUCUCUCAACAAAAUGUCACUGAAAAUGAGCUAGAAGUGAGGUAUAUGCUAACUGAUGCAUCUACACUACUACUUAAGGACCAUCCCUUGAGUAUGACACCUCUUUUGCAUGUCAUACUUGAUCCAAUAUUGAUGAAUCCAUGGCAUCAAUUUUCUACUUGGUUCACAAAUGAAGAUCCUACACCAUUUCAGACUGAAAAUGGGAUGACAUUUUGGGAUUAUGCUAUCCGUGAGCCCAGACUCCAUCACCUUUUCAAUGAUGCCAUGACUAGUGACACGCUAUUGGUUUCUAGUGUGGUGAUUGAGAAGUGCAAGGAAGUGUUCAAUGGAUUAGAAUCAUUGGUUGAUGUUGGGGGAGGAAUGGGCACCAUGGCUAAGGUCAUUGCCAAGUCAUUCCCUCAACUAAAGUGCAUUGUAUUUGAUCUCCCACAUGUUGUUGCUGGCUUGCAAGGAACUGAGAACAUAAAAUAUGUUGGAGGAGACAUGUUUGAAGCUAUUCCUCCUGCUGAUUCUAUUUUGUUGAAGUGUGUAUUGCAUAAUUGGAACGAUGAGGAAUGCUUGAAAAUACUAAAGAAAUGUAAGGAAGCAAUCACAAGCAAAGGUAAAGAAGGGAAGGUGAUAAUCAUAGACGUAGUGAUCGAGAACGAGAAGGGAGAUAGUGAAUUUGAUCAAACGAAGCUCUUCUAUGAUAUGGAGAUGAUGGCAUUGGUUACUGGAAAAGAGAGGAAUGAGAAAGAUUGGGCUAAGCUAAUUUACUCUGCAGGUUUUAGUAACUAUAAGACAACUUCGGUUCUAGGUUUUAAGUCUCUAAUUGAGGUUUAUAUGUAG